CUGACAUCGAACAUUAGUUGUGGAGUGCGCUUACUAUUGUAGUAGUUCUUGUCGGCAUGUCAGAUAGAGGGCUUCAUGGACAUCCGCGUGGACGUGGAGGACCUGGUGGUCGGGGAGACCGUAAUGGGUCAGACAGGCCCUCUGGAAAUGGGUCACGCGUCAACAUUUCAGGACCGUUGAAGAAGCCUGCUGAAAGAGGUCAUUCAGCUUCGUCUGGUUCUGUAUGGAGUUUCAAUGCACCUUGCGAACGGGGUGAUAUUCCGUCGUCUUCGGAGGGCGAAUUUGCCUCGGAAGCUGCUCGCCAGAAAAAGAGCCAUCCACUUCAAGAAGCUAUAUUUGACAUGUCUACGGGAAUUUCGAAACUAAACAUGCAGAAGACACUUAGAAUGCCGAAUAGACCAGACCAAGGAGGUACAAUUGGCAAGAAAGUCAAAGUCACUUCAAACUGUUGGGAUUUAACUUUUCAUCACAAAACGGUAUAUCUUUAUUUUGUGGAAGCAAACUCAGUUCACCGAUUGGAAGCUAAGGAGGGCAGUAAAACUGAGAUAAGAAUGCCACCAAAAGAGUUGAGAUCUUUAAUUCAGCAGGUAGCAGACUCUUUACCAGAUACGAUUAUAUAUGAUGGCGGUCACGCCAUAUACUCUGAAGAUCCGUUACCUGGUGUCACAACGGACCCCGUCGAAAGAGAGAUUGAAAUCAAAGAGCCGUUUGGUCGGGACCGCCUCCUUCUCAAGUACCGGAUUAUGGAAGUGCAGAAGGUGUCUACUUCUGAUAUCAGUCAUUUCAUAACGAGUCCGAAAGCGACCUCAAUGAAUAUGCCUCAAGAAUGUAUCAGAUUGUUAGAUUGCAUCUUGAAGACGGUGUCAAAGCAGUCGUUUGUAUCCCUUGGACGCGCAGCCCUAUUUCAGGGGACACCAAUAAAAGUGGUUGCAGAUAAGCUCUUCGCUAUUCAUAAGGGUUUCAUUAGUAGUGUGAGGCCCCAGUGGAAAGUUCGUGUGAACUUGGACAUGACGUGCAAGGCCUACUUUGUAUCUGGGAAUCUAGCGGACGUCAUGUACUCGAAGUACGGAGACAACAUGGCUAGAUGUAGCACUCAAAUGGCAUACGACUUGAGAAAGAUACGAGUUGAGACUGAUAAAUUCUACAGGAGCGAUGAUGGACGUGCAUAUUCCCGACGCUUCACCGUGCACGGGAUAUCCUCACAACCAGCCGAUCGUUUGAUGAUUGAGGAGUUGAAGCAGUCCGUGGCUGAAUACUUCAAGGAGCACCAUCAUAUUACUCUGAAGUAUCCAGAGCUGCCGUGUGUCAAGGUUGAUCAAAAGCGUGAAGUGUAUGUGCCGAUGGAACUGUUAAACAUUUUGCCAUAUCAAGCUCCUAAUGUGAGUAAAGCCGAUGUUGCGAGUGAAGUUAUCCGUUGUGCAGCAAUUCGACCACAGGAGCGCUUUAGAGAGCUGGAAAAUUUUGCUAAUAAUAUGCUGAAGUCCCACCCACUGAUCAAACAAUUUGGUCUGACGAUUCAGCCGAGGCCAGUGGAAGUUAACGCACGUGUUAUCCAACCGCCAACUGCUGGUUUUGGUCGUUCUGGUGUGCAACAGCUGACGGCAGGUAAAUGGAGCACGCCUGGCUUUCUUCACCCUGCCGGCGGAGGAGUAGAAUUAAUGUGGGCUGUACUUAGCAUUCCGCCUGAUCAGCGGUCUCAUGGUCAUGUACAGAAGGUGAUAUCAGAAUUGCCUAGAGCGGCCAGUCGCUUUGGUGUUCGGUUUAGCCCUCGACCGAUUGUGGCGCAGUGUCCGAGAGGAGAACUUCACAGGAGGUUCGAGGAGUUUUCCAGACAAGGAUGUCGCUUCUUGCUUCUCAUCCUGUACGAUGAAAAGUGCUACUCAUCCAUUAAACGUCUGAGUGAUCUACAAAUGGGCAUUCGGACCCAAUGUGUACGAGGUCGUACUCUGGACAAACCGAACGUUUUCCCGAACCUGUUGCUCAAACUGAAUGGGAAACUCGGCGGUGUGAACUGGCAAAUUCCUGAUCUGAUUAAGGACAGUCAAGAGUUGCUUAUGGUUUUCGGAGCCGACGUCACUCAUCCGGCGCCUACACAAACUCAUGAAAUUCGGAAGUCAGUAGCUGCUGUUAUUGGUAGCGUUUCACCCGAUCUGAUGAGAUACGGGGUAGUUAUCCGUCAACAGGCAACCACAGAAAAAGGCAAUAAGUCAGCUAGGGAAAUAAUCGACGACAUGCGUCUGAUUGUCAGUGAGCUUCUCCAGGUUAGUUUUCAUCAAUGACCGACUCUACUGACUCACGUUCCCCUUCUUCCCGUUGUACGCUUUCGUUCUUCCUUAUUAUUAUUUGUGUUUUGUUGUAGCUUUACCUGCGUAACACGAACGGGCGUUUCCCGACGCGUAUGAUAUUCUAUCGGGAUGGAGUUUCGGAGGGCCAGUUCGAAAAUGUGUUGGUGGAGGAGUUAUCUGCAAUUCAAAGAGCCUGCGCAGAUAUUCGUCCUGGUGAAGAGCCUGCUAUCACUUAUAUUGUUGUGCAAAAGCGUCACCAUAUUCGGUUUAGACCAUCUGACCCCAGGGCAAGAAACGUGGAGCCAGGAAUGGUGGUUGACACAGAUAUCACGCAUCCCAGGGAAUUCGAUUUCUACCUCUGCUCUCAGGAAGGGAUUCAGGGUACAUCGAAACCUGCUCACUAUCACGUUUUGUAUGAUGAUAGUAACUGGACAUCGAAUGCUCUGCAGAUGUUCACCUACCACUUAUGCUACGCGUACAUGAGGUGUUCCCGUAGUGUCUCGUAUCCAGCGCCGACUUAUUAUUCUCAUUUGGCUGCAUUUCGGGCACGUGAGUGGUUAUCGGACAUAGAGAAACCAGAGAUUCUGUUAGAUGCUGGUCGUUUCAAAGUUCACAGCAGUCAAGUUGACGGCAUGUUUUACUUAUAAACAGAUUUUGUUAUUUUCAUAUAAAUUGUAUUUCCUUUUGAA